AUGCCGCCCUCGGAGGAAGAUUUGGCAUGGUUGAAGUCGACGUUCCAUCCGAUACCAAAACCCGCUCUGCCUGACGACUGCAUUGAAUACUCUCUUUACAUACUGUCCGAUUCACUUGAUGCCAACAAUGACUCGGAACUACGUCUGCGCCUGCGAGAUGUCCAGAAGCAAGCGACUGAUUUACAGAAGCGAUACCUGAAAGAUUACAUCUGGCAACGCCAGGGAUUCUCCCUAGAACUGAACAAAGAAGAUGGUGAGGUCUGUUUGGACGCGCAAAGAAAGGCCGGGAAUAGACUAACACGGUCUCCAGGCCUGAGUUUUCUCCGUGGACGUACCGAGUACGGUGACUCGGUCGAGGACGAAUGGGUGAUCGUCUGGAUCUUGAGAGAACUGACGAAAAGUUUCCAAGACCUCUGGGCCAAGGUCACGGAUAGCGAUGGCGAGUUUUUGCUCAUUGAAGCCUCAGGUACGCUUCCGGCGUGGUUAGAGCCUGAAGUGGCAGAGAAUCGGGUGUGGAUCAACAACGCGGAACUUCGAAUCAUCAAGCCCACGGCAAGUUCUCGGACUUCCAAGCGGACCGAUGAGAAACUAUCGUUACCAGUAGCCAGGACGGUCAUCUUGACGGAGCCGAAGCGGUUGAUGCAUUCCACGAGUAUGGAGGAGGAAGCUUUUUUUCGACUCCGAAACUAUCCAGCGCAGAUUGCGGAAAAUAUGCACCACGCCAUCAUCACCAUCCCGAGAAAGAUCGCUUUCCUCUUACACCAAAAUCCAUCAUACAUUAGCCCUGCUGUCGAAGCAUUCUACCUCCGAGACCCCAUCGCGCUCAAACCACUACAGUCCAAGGACAAUAAGGACAAGAUGACAUUCGUCCCUGCAGACCUUGUCAACGUCAGCAUAAAAUUUCCGCGGGUUGCAUAUGCCCAAGUCAAGUCACAGGACUUCCCGCCUCCUGCGGUAUUCAGUGGUGCCAUGCCCUCCAAAACCGAUUCGAAAGCCUACUCCCAAGCGAACACAGGGAUGAAGGUGACGUGUGGUUUUGAGAUGCUCGUAUCUGAUGCUCAAUUCCAGGACAGGGCAGCUGUGCGGGAAAUGAAAUUAUUACUCGAAGACCUCGAAACCGGUGAUGAAGGAUUACCAUCCAAUUCCGACAUUGAAACAUGGGAUCAAAGAGAGGAUGACGACAAAUGGCUGGACAUCAGUUUCGACGACCUCGACAACGAGCUUGGAGGUCGCAAAGGACAGACGAGUACGACCAAGAAGGGCAAUUUCGGUGACAAGGCGGCACAGGAAAACCUGCAAAGGAUCGUCAAGCAGUUUGAACAGUUCCUGAAUGAUGAUACUGCGGGACCUGACGGAGCAGGUCUCUUUGACGAAGAUAGUGAUGAUGACGAUGACGAACUCGACGAUCAGGAUGAUGACGAUGAAGAUGAAGAUGACGAAGGAGAAGACAAGGACGCCAGCUUCAACGAAGACGAUUUCACCAAGAUGAUGCAAGAAAUGAUGGGCAUGCCGCCCGAGGUGAUGAAGGAGAUCAUGUCGGGGGCGCUUGGGCCCGGGGCGCACGAUCCCGCGAAUCGUGCAAACCUGCGUCAACCCGCGGCCGGCACUGGGAAGGUGGUGAGGGAGGGGGACGAUGCAGAUGAUCUGGAAGCUGGACUGAGUGAUGGCAGUGCUGAAGACGAGGACAUGCAGGAGUUCAUGAGGCAGAUGGAAGCGGAACUGAGAGGGACAGGCGUGCUCGAUCUGAACCAGUCGUCAUCGUCGUCGAGCCGUGGGAAGCAAGCAGCUGCCAUUAGGGAUACGAUGAGUGGGAAACUGGAAGACAUAGACGAGGACGGAGACGAGCUGUCUUCCCAUGACGAGGAUAUCGACAACGAAAUCGACGUCAAUCUGGCGCGGAAUUUGCUGGAGAGCUUGAAGUCACAAGCCGGCAUGGCAGGGCCUGGCGGCAAUCUGAUGGGCAUGCUUGGACUGGGUAUGCUCCCCAGAGAUGAACAUGAUAUGCGUGAUCCGGGUAAAGGUGGCGAUGGGGAAGCUGGUCCUAGCGGAGUGCCGAGAGGUAAAAAGUGA